UCAUUUUAGAAGGUGAAGUGGCAGCAAGCUCGAGCUGCAUGGUGGUAAUUUACUCUACGCGUAUCACGGUGUGUACACACACCACAGUGUACAUUUUCUGCAUCUAAAACUAUACUGUUUUAAAUGGUGCACUGUUGAGUGACCCCGGUGCAGAUGAUAUGUGAGUGCGUCUGUUAGGGUCUGUUGGGGAGAAAGUGAGGAGAAAUGGAGGAACAUGAACCAAGCAAGGAUUCUUCUCAAACCACAGAAGUGACGAGGGUACAUCCUAAGUCUGAAACCAAACGAUACAGUGAGAUCUUCAGAGACUUUGAUAAUCUUGAUCUCUCUUUAAUUUCUUCUGAAGCGGAUGAUCUGCUGGCAGAUAGUGACUCUCUGUCCACGUCAGAAUCCAUCUCUGCAGAGGGUUCAGAGACCACAGAGCAAAAUGAUGUGCCUAUCCGUGCCGAGGCCUAUGACGUGGAUGGAAACCAAACAGCCCAGGAAGCAGACUUGGCCCUCUGUCGCUGUGAGGGUGGAGUGGAAACCGCGCUGCAGUAUGCCAAGAUGUGGUGCCGCUAUGCCAAAGACCUUCUUGCCUGGAUGGAGAAGAGAAUCAACCUGGAACAAGAAUUUGCAAAAAAUGUCAUGAAGACAGCUGAAGGGGCGAAGAGCAACAUGUCACAGCAGGAAGCGAUGCCACUACAGUACAUAUACACCAUGGCUCUGGAUCAAGACAUCAAGAACAGCCUGACUUCUAAACGAACUUCUGAAUUACUGCAAAACCGCUGUUAUCAGGCUUUGUCUGCCAAAAGAAAUGAGAUCGAUAAGUGGCGCAGAGAAUUUAAAGAGCAGUGGACCAAGGAACAAAGAAGGAUGAAUGAAGCAGAGACAGCUUUUAAAAAGGCCAGGCAGACAUACAUCCAGCGCUGUGAUGAGCUGGAAAAGGCUAAAGCGAUCUCUGUAAAAGCUCUGGACGACACCGCUGGAAACAAAACACUGGAUAAGAGGAGGAAGUCCAAAGAUGAUGCCCAGUAUAAGGUAUCAGAGGCCGAGCUUCUCUACAGGCAGUCUGUGAGUGACGCCAAGAUCCACCAAGAUGAGUUAGUGAGGGUCAAAGAGAGAAUUAUUUCUCAUACACGCAAGCUCAUCUGUCAGGGAGACACAGUGCUCAAGGAGGCAACGGUGAACAUGUUCUUCUACCAGCGGCAACAGACGGAGCCUAUUCCCCUUGGCUAUCACAAGCUGGAGGAUACGUGUAGAUGCCUCGAGCCUGGCGAGCCAUAUCUGCUUUACGUCCUGAGCAGGCGUCGCCCAGAGCUGACUGUCCCAACUUUCAGCUUCCAGGAGUAUUUUCCACUGGGUAAAAGCAGCAAACGAAAAAUCAGCAACCUCAGCGCUCUGCUGGACUCUUCAUUCAUCCCUGAUGAUAAUAUCAGGCGACACAGUGAUGACAGGAAAAUGGGGCACAGUGACGGUGAAAGUAUUGGAGGUAGUUUGGAAUCAUUGUCCAGUCCUGCUCACAGGAGACUCCCCAAAACAGUAUCUCCCUUCAUCGUGUCUCUAGAUGAUCUGGAUGACAGAGACUUGGUGUCAGAAUCUGAGAGCACUGAAGGCCUGCCUGUAAGGGCAAAAAUUAUAUCUCGAGCUGCGCUAACGCACCGACUCAGGAAAAUGAAGAGCAAGAUGGUUAAAUGCAAACAUUGUGAUACCUACAUUGUUGUCAGUGGGGUUGAAUGUGAGGAGUGUGGGAUGGCUUUGCACAGGAAGUGCAUGGAGGUGUGUCAGUUGGAGUGUGAGCACAGGAAAGGGACGGUGUUUGGGGUGGACCUCUCUGUGAUGUCCCAAGAUAGCCCAGAAGAGGUGCCAUUUGUGGUGCUGCGCUGCACCUCUGAGAUUGAGAGUCGUGCUCUCUCGAUCCAGGGCGUGUAUCGUGUGAGUGGAUCCAAACCUCGCAUUCAGAAACUCUGUCAGGCCUUUGAGAUGCAAAAGGAGCAGGUGGACCUCUCUGACCUCUCUCCGCAUGACAUCACCUCCAUCAUUAAACACUUCUUUAAAGAGCUCCCGGAGCCCUUACUAACCUUUGACUUGUACAAUGAUUUCAUCGUGGUGGGAAAGAGCAUCCAGCAUCUGAGUGAAAGGGACACAACUCCAGAGCCUAAAGAGAUAACUGACAUCAUUCAGAACCUGCAGAGGCUCCUGCAGAAGCUUCCAUCGUAUUGCUACAGUACUUUGCAGCACAUUAUUUCUCAUCUUCAAAAAGUUUCAGAGAACUACGACAAUAAGAUGUCCCCCAGCAAUUUGGGUAUUGUCUUCGGGCCAACGUUACUGCGCCCUCUAGUGUCUACGGACACAUCCAUGAUUGCGCUUUUGGAGACAAGCUACCAAGCUGUACUUAUUCAGUUUCUCAUCAAACACUACAAUGAGAUUUUUGGCGUAGAGAAAAGACUCAACACACCCCCUCCGGCAGCCCCUACAGCCCUUCUACCGGAGACCCCUCCCAGAGCUUCCUGUCCCCUCGAUGGUGAAGCUGACUUUGAACAUGACACCUCCAACAAAGAGCGACCACAUUCACACUCACUAGAAAACCGAACUAUCAAGAGAGACUCAAGCGAGGGUUAUAUAUCUGACAAGUCUUCAUCCAAUGAGGCAGUGGACCAGCUCAGCCCGGAAGCCAAUGAGGGAGCAGUCCUGGCUAUGAGAAUGGCAUCAAAGGAUGACCCGGUGAGACAUCCUGCCUCUGACACAGUCUCCCAGCCUCAAUAUCGCUUGACCAGACAGCCUGUGAAGUAUCACCGGCAUCAUAAUGCAGGAACCCGCCUCCCUAACCCAGGUUGUACAGCAAGACAGCCCACAACUCCACCGAAGGGCUGUCAAAGGAGUGCAGACAGCAGUGGCAGCUCCUCUCCAGAGCUUGGGACACAGAGACGUUUACAAAACUUCAGUGCCCAUUGUGAUAACACGCAGCAGCUCCACCAGGUGAAGGCCGGCUCAGAGGAUAAAAUGGAUGUUCCACUGAGUCCUCGCGAGGUUGCCCAGUACAUGCUGGGGCUGGAUGCAUCACCUGCACUAUCAUCCAAACCAGCACAGACGUCUGCUCAAAACGUAGCAACGAGGUGGCAAGCUGAGCAUAAUACAAAUCUGAACAAUAACCGAACCAGCCCUGGACAGAGUCACGUUCUUUUUCCCUCUCCAAAGACCAUUCGUCUUGAGCACACCCAGACCUCACCAGCACAGAAGAUUCUGUCUGGUCUGAAACUGAGACGCAGCCACUCAGGGAAAGACGAGCAGCUCUUUGUCUGAGUAAAGAUUUAAAAAAUAGAUAAAAUAAAUAAAUGAAAAACAACUCCUAACACUGGGAGAAUGCAUUGACACAAUGGAAGGCAGCAACAAUAACAGGUUUAUUCAGUGUAACAAUUGUUACUGCAUGAAUAAACAUUUAUGAAGGAAAAAACACGGUCCCAUAUUUAAUGCAUAUGUUUUAUUGUGAAAACUGUAACUGUUAAAAAUGGUCAUAUGUUCGCAAAUUGCAUUCAAAUGACUCUUUUUUUUAAAUCUCAUGAUGCUUAAAUGAUAUCCAUAACUUUAUUAUCACUUCAUCUUAGAGCUGUGUAUGUGCAGACCAGAAAAGACAGAACAUUUUUUUGUAUCUCCUUUCAAUGCUUUUAAUAUAUUUUGAUGCAACAGGCAGGUGAUUGUAUCAAAACUAGUUUAUAAGUAAAAGGUUUUUGUUCUGUAAAAAAAUAACGAUGAUAUUUCAUAGAUAACUGUUUCCUAAUUGUUGUGCUUUUUAAUAUUAUAGCUUCCGCGGAAGGGGGGGCUUUUUUUUAAAUGCACCUUUCCUGUUUUUACACAAGGGGGCGAUGUGUCAGUUUGAGAGAAAAACAUGUCAGAAACAAUAGAGAGGCAAUAAAAUGUACAUUUCUAAUUGGAGUCCUGCGUUUUAAGGUAACACUUUUCCUACAACCACAAAAGCAUUUUCAUAAUCGGUGUCAUUUUGGAGUAGAAUAAAAAAUAAAUCAA